AGAAGGGCGAAACCUGGUCGGAGGAGGAAAAGAAGAAGGAGGAGAAGGAGGAGAAGGAGGACCCCUCUUCCGCCCCGCCUGAGGUCGCUGCAAGACGCGGGCCGCCGGUGGCUGACGGCGCUGGACUCCCAGGUGGCCGCCAUGGCCAGCGAAGACACCGCCAGCAUCCAGGACUUCCUGGACCGCAGCUUUCAAUCUCUGGCUUCAAGGCACAUGGACCUGAAGCAACGGGAGGUGGACACAGCGGCGGCCAAAGUGGACGAGCUCUCGAAGCAGCUGCAGUCUCUCUGGACGGACAACACCAGCCCCGCCGCCACUUCAGCCAAGGCGAAGGAGCGUUACAGCCUCGGCAGCGUCCCGUCCCAGGACGUCUUGGUGAAGGCAUCCUCCUCGCUGCCGUCUUCUCCCCGGAAAAGCGCUUCGUGGGAGGCCACCGAAAGCAGCGGCUACAUCCCGUUCGCCUUUGCCGGCGAGGGUCCACAAAGCGCUCCUUUCUACGGCUCUGCAUCCAACAAGUCUUCCUUGGGCCGCCCCAUCUCGCCGCGGCCGUCCUUCUUCCUGCAGCCGGAGCUGGACCGCAGCCCGCUCCCUCCGGCCACUCCCCCCUCGAGGCCCAAAGUGAUGCCCGUCCCGUACGAAUUGGCGGCCCAUGCCUCGUCCCCACGCUCCCUCCGCCCGGGCGGACCCUCCGAGCGGCAGUACGACUACAAGCCCUACGGUUCCUUGGGGCGGGAGGGCUCUCCACGGACACCGGCAGGGGAAGCGUCGGGAGCCCCGCAAGCCUUCUUCCCGGACCGGGUCCCCUCCCCGAGGCCCCCUCUGCCGCCGCCGUAUGAAAACCACAACCUGUACCCUUCGGCACCCAGCAACUUUGCACCUUUCCGGGCUCAAGAUGACCUGGUGCUCCGUCGGAGGGGGGCCAAAAGCUGGAACGAAUCCGACCUGGACGUGGCCUACGAGAAGAAGUCCGGCCACUCAGUUGGUUAUGACCGAGGCGAUGCUCACCUUGGACUCCGCCAAAACAACUCGCUCGCUCCUUGGCGGGAAUCGAGUUUGGACGGGAGCAUCGGACCAAGCAAGGAGGGUCCCUUUGGGACGCACAGCGCUACUUUGCCGCGCAACUACAAGGUCUUUCCCCCUGCGUCCGAGCGGCACCCGGAGGCCCCCUCUUCCUUCCGCCGCUCUCUGCCGGCCAACCCCGCCGGGACGUUGCCACGCAACUGGCAGCCGGUCUCGCGCAUCCCCAUGCCGCCCCCGGGACCCCCGCCUGGGCUCCCCCAGCGCCACAAGCCCCUCCCGCUCUCCAUGAUCUUCCGGCUGCAGAACGCCUUCUGGGAAUACGGCAACACGGGGAAGAAGUUCCCUCUGGGGCCAACACCGACGGGGUCCCCGCUUCUCCUGCGUUCUUUGCAAAAGCAAGCCCCGCCACAGGCCUUUGCCACCGGGCAGCAUUCGCCUCGGAUGGCCCCACCACCUGCAAACGAAGGAGCCAGGGCUGCCGUCCCUGUGGCCGAACCUGUCCGCAAUGUGCCCAUCACCUUGACCGAGCCGGACCCCGAACUGGAGGGUCUCCUCCUCCUCCCGGGGGGCGAAGCGUCGGAGAUGGAGUCCCUGGCCCGCCCCUUGAGCCCCACGCGGCUACAGCCAGUCCUGCCACCGGAGGCCCAGAAAGUGCCCGAAUUCGAGGAGGUAGCCCGCGUCCUGGCUGAGAUGCCCCGGCCACUCAAGCGCCGCGGUUCCAUGGAGCAGAGCCCCGGUCCGGCUCUGCCGCCGACGCACAAGAAGCAAUACCAGCAGAUCAUCAGCCGCCUCUUCCACCACCAGCAGCAACAGCCCCGCAAAGAGGAGACGGGCAUCCCGACCGGAGAGGCCGAGCUCGCGCCCAUCAGUGAAGCCGCCGAACAGAAGGUUCCGACACCAACCACGGCUUUGGGGUCAUCUCCUGCUCCGGCCACACCGACCAUCACUCCUCCGUCUCCUCUUCCUCCUCCUCCACCGGAGAGUCCUGUUGCUCUCACACCGCUGCCCAGUCCGGAGAAGCGCUCCGUCUUGCGCAAGAUCAACUCUCCGCGGAAGCGGCUGCUAAAGAAGGCCCGCCUCAACCCCUUGGUUUUGCUUCUGGACGCAGCUCUGACCGGCGAGCUGGACGUGGUCAAGGAGGCGGUCAAGGAGCUGAAUGAUCCAAGCCAGCCCAACGACGAGGGCAUCACCGCCCUGCAUAAUGCCAUCUGCGGUGCCAACUAUAACAUUGUGGACUUCCUCAUCAACAUCGGGGCCAACGUCAACUCCCCGGAUAGCCAUGGAUGGACCCCCUUGCAUUGCGCGGCAUCCUGCAAUGACACAGCCAUCUGCAUUGCCCUGGUCAAGCACGGCGCGGCCAUCUUUGCUACUACGUUCAGCGACGGGAGCAUGGCCAUCGAGAAGUGUGACCCCUACCGCGAAGGAUACAGCGAGUGCUUCAGCUACCUGGCAGACGUGGAGCAGAGCAUGGGGCUGAUGAACAACGGGGCAGUGUACGCCUUGUGGGACUACAGCGCCGAGUUCAAGGACGAGCUCUCCUUCCGGGAGGGGGAGCCGGUGACCGUCCUCCGGCGGGACGGGGCCGAGGAGACCGACUGGUGGUGGGCUUCCCUCUACGGGCAGGAGGGAUACGUGCCCAAGAACUACUUCGGGCUCUUUCCUCGGGUGAGACCUCAGCCAAGAAUGCCAUGAAGUGUCUACAGCGUCGACAUCCAAAACGGAAGCCGAAAAGUAUAUAUCUGGACCUGGAAAAAUUAGGGGGGAAAGGACACAUUUUUGGCCCCGAUCCCAGCAAGGAAAACUGCAAGGAAGGACUUUUCCCCCUCUCUGUUUUGGCUCCUUCUGAAACCUCUUUAUGACUGGAAGAACACGAAUGAGAGAAAUCAGCGGAGCAGGACUCACUCCAUGUCUAUCAUAUCGUUAUUAUUAUUAUUUGGGAACGUUGAAUGUAGUCAGCCGCCUUUUCCAUUGCAACCAAUGCUGUUUGGCAGUGGAAUCUCUCCUCUGGGUGGCCAUCUGUUGGGAGGGAUCGAAAUGUGCCUUCCUGCCUAGCCAAAGGGGAUUCGGAUGGACGGCCCUUCCAGUAUCUCCUCCAAUUCCUUAUCAUUCUCGGAUUCAAUCAAAUGAAUAACCAAUUUGAUCCAAUUGCUUUAUGGGAGGCUGGGUGGCUAUCUGUCGGGAGGGAUCGGAUUGUGCCUUCCCGCCUAGCAAAAGGGGGUUCGGAUGGACAGCCCUUCCAGCGUCUCCUCCAACUCUUUAUCACUCUAGGAUUCAAUCAAAUGAAUAACCAAUUUGAUCCAAUUACUUUAUGGGAGGCUGGAUGGCCAUCUGUCGGGAGGGAUCGGAUUGUGCCUUCCCGCCUAGCAAAAGGGGGUUCGGAUGGACGGCCCUUCCAGCAUCUCCUCCAACUCUUUAUCACUCUAGGAUUCAAUCAAAUGAAUAACCAAUUUGAUCCAAUUGCUUUAUGGGAGGCUGGGUGGCCAUCUGUCGGGAGGGAUCGGAUUGUGCCUUCCCGCCUAGCAAAAGGGGGUUCGGAUGGACAGCCCUUCCAGCAUCUCCUCCAACUCUUUAUCACUCUAGGAUUCAAUCAAAUGAAUAACCAAUUUGAUCCCAUUACUUUAUGGGAGGCUGGAUGGCCAUUUGUCGGGAGGGAUCGGAUUGUGCCUUCCUGGCUAGCAAAAGGGGAUUCGGAUGGACGGCCCUUCCAGUAUCUCCUCCACUCCUUAUCAUUCUAGGAUUCAAUCAAAUGAAUAACCAAUUUGAUCCAAUUGCUUUAUGGGAGGCUGGAUGGCCAUCUGUCGGGAGGGAUUGGAUUGUGCCUUCCUGCCUAGCAAAAGGGGAUUUGGAUGGACGCCAUGGAAAAGGGGGAUGCAUUCGUCUCUCGGAUUGGCCACCUUUCGAUUAUUCUGUCUAUCUUGCCCUUUAAGCAGAGGCUGGAUGGCCAUCUGUUGGGAGGGAUCGGAUUGUGCCUUCCUGCCUAGCAAAAGGGGGUUCGGAUGUAUCCUGCUUUAAUAUAAGUCUGUACAUAGCAGGGGAAAAUCAACAAUAGGUCAAACCCAAUGGGAUUGGGAGUGCAUCCACACUAUGCAAUUAAUGCAGUUUGAAACUGCUUUAACUUCCAAUGCUAUGGCUCAUUGCUAUGGACUCCUGGGAGUUGUCGCUUCCCAAGGUCUUCCGCCUUAGGUGCAAAAAUAAUGCAAACUAUAACUCCCAGGACUCCGUCACACUCACUGAGCCAUGGAAGUUAGUGCACCCACACUAUGGAAUUAAUGCAGUUUGAAACCGCUUUAACUUCCAAUGCUAUGGCUCAUUGCUAUGGACUCCUGGGAGUUGUCGUUUCCCAAGGUCUUCCGCCUUAGGUGCAAAAAUAAUGCAAACUAUAACUCCCAGGACUCCGUCACACUCACUGAGCCAUGGAAGUUAGUGCACCCACACUAUGGAAUUAAUGCAGUUUGAAACCGCUUUAACUUCCAAUGCUAUGGCUCAUUGCUAUGGACUCCUGGGAGUUGUCGUUUCCCAAGGUCUUCCGCCUUAGGUGCAAAAAUAAUGCAAACUAUAACUCCCAGGACUCCGUCACACUCACUGAGCCAUGGAAGUUAGUGCACCCACACUAUGGAAUUAAUGCAGUUUGAAACCGCUUUAACUUCCAAUGCUAUGGCUCAUUGCUAUGGACUCCUGGGAGUUGUCGUUUCCCAAGGUCUUCCGCCUUAGGUGCAAAAAUAAUGCAAACUAUAACUCCCAGGACUCCGUCACACUCACUGAGCCAUGGAAGUUAGUGCACCCACACUAUGGAAUUAAUGCAGUUUGAAACCGCUUUAAAUUCC